AUGCAAGACACUGUCCAUUCCCUGGUGUGGCUGUCCAUUGGCUUCGCCCUGGUCAAUGUCGCUCACAGCUUGGAAGCCCAGAAUAACUUUCGAUACCUCGCCCAAACCCCCCUAUCUACCGCACCCACGUUCGACAACGAAGACACACCAUGGGGCUUAACAACUUAUGCCAACAUUCCAUAUCUGCCCUGUCUCUCAAAGCGUGACAGCCUCAAAUAUGACAUCGCCGUCCUCGGUGCACCAUUUGACACUGCAACAACCGGCCGACCAGGAGCCCGCUUCGGCCCCGGAGCAAUCAGAUCUGGCUCCUCGCGCAUUUACGCAGAUGCAGCAUGGAGUUUAUACACCGGGGAAAACGUCUUCAAAAGCAACGUCAAAAUCGUCGACUGCGGAGACGUCCCAAUGACCAGACUGGACAACACCGUCGCGCUCAAACAGCUGGAAACCGGCCACGAUAUCAUCAAUGCCCGCUCUCCUGUUUCUAGGGACCUGUCCCCUGUCCCGAGGAUUAUCAACUUGGGAGGUGAUCAUACCACCACGCUGUCUGCGUUGAGGGCAGCGUACAAGAAAUGGGGGAAACUCUCUGUUAUUCAUUUCGAUGCUCAUAUCGAUACUUGGAACCCCAAGGUGUUGGGUGGUGAUGUUUCUGACUAUGGAGCGGUAAACCACGGAACCUUCCUUCACAUUGCCCACGAGGAGGGGCUCAUUACAAACUCCAGCAUUCACGCAGGCAUCCGGGCACCUCUUGCCCACCCAGUCAAAGACAUGAAGAAUGAUCGCCGUUGCGGGUUUGAUUUUGUUACCUCCAGGGAUCUUGACCGUUUUGGUAUCAGCGGGAUUAUCGAGAGGCUGAAAUCCAGGGUUGGAGACGCGAAAAUCUAUAUCAGUGUUGACAUUGAUGUUCUGGAUCCUGCUUUUGCUCCUGCAACGGGAACUGCUGAGCCGGGUGGUUGGACGUCGAGGGAGCUACUGACUAUCCUUGACGGACUGGUUGGGCUCAAAGUUGUGGGUGCUGAUGUUGUGGAAGUUGCGCCGGCUUAUGAUGGUGCUGGUGAGACAACGGGCGUGGCGGCUGCUGAGGUUGUGCAUUCUCUUCUGUAUUUGAUGGUGAAGACCCCAGUUGCGGGGGAGUGA